AUGGAGGAGAAGUGCACUUCUUCUAAUCAAAAUGACAGCUUCAGAUUUGCUGUUCCCAUCGGUGACACGUGGCUGGCUAACCGUGUUCCCUACUUUGCCGACCUUUCUUCGUCCUCACAUGAACCGACGGUGACGGGAACAGAAAACGAAAGGAAGAUGGUUUGGGCUCUUCCCAAAACUGGAUCCCACGGUCUUCUUUCUUCCGGCCCAAGUAACACAGGCUCAUUUCGGCCCAACAGCAUGGACGAGGUAGAAACGAAGAAGCAGAAAUCUGAGAGAAACGCCUUUUACUCUUCAGACUUUCAAUGA